AUGUUUGGACGAACUCUUUACAAUGGAGUGGUCCAAGUGGGCUCUCGCACAUUUGAAGCGCAAGAAUUGCAGAAGCUGAUUCCACAACUUGAAGAGGCUAUUCAGCGAAAAGAUCAACAGUUGAAAGCGCAGCAAGGAACCGUUGAGAAUCACAUUCGACGAAUUGCUGAGCUUGAAGCGGAAGUAACAUCACUGCAGCGAGAAUGCGACAAAUUGCGUUCUGUUUUGGAACAAAAAGCGCAAUCAGCGGCCAGUCCUGCAGGUGGAGCUGCCCCCGCGUCCCCGCGGUCCGAACAACUUGGGAAUGACUUGAAAGAGAAGGCUGUACUCCCCGCGGAUGGUGCCAGCACACGAGCCAAAAAGUUGGCAGUUUCUGCGGAACCAACAAAUUUCGAAACCCAGGCUACCACGUUACAACACUUCCACAAGACUGCGGGUUCGAAGCAGCUGAUUCGGGAUGCAGUACACAAAAACGACUUCUUGAAACAGCUGGCUAAGGAGCAAAUUAUAGAAAUAGUAGAAUGCAUGUAUGAAAUGCGGGCACGAGCUGGACAAUGGGUGAUUCAGGAAGGAGAGCCGGGAGACCGGUUAUUUGUUGUAGCAGAGGGAGAAUUGCAAGUUUCUCGAGAAGGGCAACUGCUGGGAACGUUACGUCCCGGAAUCGUGAUGGGAGAACUUGCCAUUCUUUACAAUUGUACUAGGACAGCGUCUAUACAAGCGCUCACCGACGUGCAACUAUGGGUGUUGGAUCGAAGUGUUUUCCAAACAAUAACGCAACGGCUCGGGAUGGAAAGGCAUACGCAGCUGAUGAACUUUCUCAGCAAGGUGUCCAUAUUCGAAAACUUGUCCGAGGAUCGCAUCUCGAAAAUGGCGGACGUAAUGGAUCAGGAUUACUAUGCUGCAGGGCACUAUAUUAUUCGCCAAGGAGAAAAGGGUGAUGCAUUUUUCGUCAUAAACAGUGGUACAGUGAAAGUGACGCAACUGAUAGAAGGCGAAACAGAGCCACGUGAGAUCAGGAUAUUGAAUCAGGGAGAUUUCUUUGGCGAACGGGCUCUCCUCGGAGAUGAAGUACGUACUGCGAACAUUAUAGCACAAGCACCUGGUGUUGAAGUACUCACCUUAGACAGGCGAGUUUCAUUGAAAAAAUCAUUCCUCAAACUAAUUGGUGACCUUGAAGCAUUGAAACGAGAUUAUGGAGAUAAAGAACGGUUGGCACAUAUUUCAAUAGAACCACCGAGUCCCACAAAGGUAUGGAUUUUGGAAGGCUUUUCCUUGUUCUUUUUGGCCUUUGUCAUGUGCCCGAUACUGUGGCCUUUCUAUAUGGCAUACAUUUAUCUUCAGGAUAUUAUUCGAGAAGAAUUUGCCCACGUCCAAUUGAAGAAUAUAAAACGGUUAGCAACGUUAGGCGUAGGAGGAUUUGGGCGUGUUGAAUUGGUUUGCAUUAAUGGUGACAAAUCCCGAACUUUUGCACUGAAAGCAUUAAAAAAGAAACAUAUCGUAGACACACGGCAACAAGAGCACAUUUUUGCAGAGCGAAAUAUUAUGAUGGAGACCAACUCUGAAUGGAUAGUAAAAUUGUUUAAAACAUACCGUGAUACCAAAUACGUGUAUAUGCUUCUCGAAGUGUGCUUGGGUGGAGAGUUAUGGACAACCUUGAGAGACAGAGGUCACUUCGAUGACUACACCGCUCGAUUUUAUGUUGCCUGCGUGCUCGAAGGAUUAGAGUACCUUCACAGAAAACAUAUAGUGUAUCGUGAUCUCAAGCCGGAAAAUUGCCUGCUCACCAACACGGGAUACCUCAAACUAGUCGAUUUCGGGUUUGCUAAGAAAUUAGCGUCUGGUAGAAAGACGUGGACCUUCUGCGGAACACCAGAAUACGUGUCACCUGAAAUCAUAUUGAACAAAGGUCAUGAUCAAGCCGCCGAUUACUGGGCGUUGGGGAUAUACAUAUGUGAGCUCAUGCUCGGACGGCCACCCUUCCAAGCGAGUGAUCCUAUGAAGACUUACACUCUUAUUCUAAAAGGAGUCGAUGCUCUUGAAAUUCCUAAUCGCCGAAUUGGAAAGACCGCAACUGCCUUGGUAAAGAAAUUAUGUCGGGACAACCCAGGAGAACGAUUAGGUUCUGGAUCCGGUGGCGUAAACGACAUUCGUAAACAUCGCUGGUUCAUGGGCUUCGACUGGGAGGGUUUGCGGUCCCGUGUACUCAAAGCUCCUAUACUUCCAAAGGUGUCAAAUCCAGCAGACGUUACUAACUUUGACAAUUAUCCCCCUGAUCAGGACGUACCACCGGACGAGUUUUCCGGAUGGGAUGAAGGUUUUUAG